AUGCCACCGACUCAGCCCAACAUAUCCCGACUGCAAGGGGAGCGCUCUCAGUCGUUUUCUUCCUACAGUCCACCCUCUUUUGAUCUCCACGCACGACAGGCGGCCCUUCAGGGCUCUGUGUCUUCGGGCGCAUUAGGCCCACUGGUUGUCAAGAAACCUCCAAUUGUUUACCCUGCUUUGCUUUCGCGUGUUGCCAACGCAUUUGUGCAGCGGAUCACGACAUCCUCACGCAUCAAGGAUUCAAUCGAGUACAAGGAUUGCUUUGAUGGACGAGAUGCAGUGGACAAAAUCGCAUUUAUUAUCAAAACUACGGAUAGGAACUUAGCACUACUGCUAGGUCGAGCGCUUGACGCGCAAAAGCUGUUCCACGAUGUCACGUACGAUCAUCGCCUGCGGGACAGUGUCAACGAGCUGUACCAGUUCCGCAACAAGUUGAUUACAGGAGGGCCUCGCAUCCGCUCCAUAGAGUCGCACGAAUACUCUGGCAGGCCAUCGUACUCGUCAUCAGAACCCAUGGAUGAUGUGGAUGCUGUGAACGGCGUUUUCACGCUAUUGACCGACUGCUAUUCGCCAACCUGCACCCGUGACAAGCUAUGCUACAGUAUCGCGUGCCCUCGUCGUCUGGAACAGCAAUCUCGAUUGAACUUGACACCCAACGGUGGUCUGAAGCGCGCUUUGAGCAGAUCGUCUUCAAAGGAAAAGAAGGAUCAGCGUCUUUGGAUCACAUCAGUGCCAAAGGAAAUCUCGGAUGCCUGUUCUUUAGAAGAAAAGAAACGACAAGAAGUUAUUUUCGAGUUGAUCUACACUGAGAAGGACUUUGUAAACGAUCUGAAGUACCUUAACGAUAAAUGGAUCACGCCUAUUCGUAAUCUGGACCUCCUCCCAGAAUCCCGAAGGGAGGCUUUCAUUGACAGAGUGUUUUACAACAUCAAGGACGUUUACGCCGUCAAUUCAAAACUGGGAGAGGCACUUCUCAAACGGCAGCAGGCUUACGCAGUUAUACCCGAGGUGGGCGACAUCUUCCUGGAGCAUGUCGUCAAUUUCUCUCCCUUUGUGCUCUACGGAGCAAACCAGAUUGAGGCCAAAUACGAGUUUGAGCACGAGAAGAACACGAACAGCGCCUUUAGCAAGUUUGUUGAGGAAACGGAGAGGAGACCCGAGUCGAGGAAACUGGAGCUGAACGGAUAUUUGACCAAGCCGACAACCCGUCUUGGCCGCUACCCUCUGCUGCUAGAGGCUGUCCUCAAAUAUACCCCAGAAGAGAACCCUGACAAGAAGGCGAUUCCCCAAGUCGUCAGCAUCAUCAAGGACUUUUUGCAGAAGGUCAACCUUGAGUCUGGCAAAUGCGAGAACGCAUUCAAUUUAAGACAGAUCAACAAGGGUCUACAGUGGAAGAGUGAACCCAUGGAGUUGAAUCUUCUUGCCAAGGACCGCCAGUUGAUCAUGAAGGGACCGCUCAAAAAGAAAGGAACAAGUUCAGAGCAUGCCGACCUUUACGUGUUUGUGUUUGAUCAUGUAUUGCUCUUAACCAAGGAAAAGAAGGGCAAAGGCGGAGAGGGCUACAAAGUACAUAAACGACCUAUCCCGCUCGAGUUGUUGACUCUAUCGACGAUGGAGGAGCCGGUUAUGAAGUCUUCUCGCCGAACAUCAUCGCUCAUUCCACACAAGUCAUCGUCACACACCAGCAACGUGGUCUCCAAAAUAACGCCCACCUCUGGUCCGCUGUCCAAGAUCACGUCCGAUUCCAAGUCCGGGUACCCGAUCGUGUUCACCCACAUUGGAAGAUACGGUGGUUCAUUCACACUGUACGCGACGACCCACGCAGGAAGGAAGAAUUGGAUGGACAAGAUCCAGAAACAGAUCCAGGCUCUGAAGAACAAAGCAGAUUCGUGGAAACUGCUGCCUGUUUCUGAGAGAUUCUUCUCAGCCAGCAACAAGGUCAACUGCUCUUCAACCUAUGACAAUGGAAGACGACUCGUUAUUGGAACGGAUGCUGGUGUGUAUGUCGGCAAGCCCAAGGGUCAGUUUGUCAAGAUAAUCCCUCGCGAACGUGUAUCGCAGGUCGAUGUGUUGGAGGAUGAGCGCAUCCUCCUUGUGCUGGCAGAGAAGCAUCUGCUCGCUUACGGUCUUGAAGCCCUAGAUGCGAACGACCCUAACUCCCCCAACAAGAGGGCCAAGAAACUGGGUUCUUCGGUCAGUUUCUUCAAGACUGGAAUUUGCCAGAACAGGACGCUUGUGGGCAUCGUCAAGAAUUCAAGUAAUGCGCUUGACCAAAGCUCUACCAUUAAGACCCUGGAGCCUAUUGAGCAAGACAGCUCCAAGAAGAACAAGCACAGCUUGCGUACCAUGCUUCGUGGUGGCAACACAGAACUUUUCAAGCUGUACAAGGACUUUUACAUUCCACGCGAGACCAAUUCGCUUCAUUUCCUGAGGAAUACACUCUGUGUUGGAUGCAGCAAGGGCUUCGAGUUGAUCGAUCUCUCCAAUCUGAAUACUCAAGAUCUGUUGGACUUUAGUGAUCCAACAUUGGACUUUGUCCACAAAAAGGACGAGAAUCUCAAGCCAUUGGCCAUUUAUCGCAUCGGCUCUGGCGACUCGUUUACUUUCUUGCUUUGCUAUGAAGAAUUCUCAUUUUAUGUUGACAAGACUGGUCGUCGCGCACGGAAUGGGUGGAUUAUCCACUGGGAGGGCGUGCCGACGUUCUGCGCACUCUCUCUUCCAUAUGUCAUCGCAUUUGACCCAUCGUUUAUCGAGAUCCGACACGUUGAAACGGGUGAUCUUGUUCAAAUCAUUCCAGGCAACAAUAUCCGGUGCCUCUACCAUAUUGCCAACCAGCCUGGAGCCAUUCACGUUGUCAUGACUGAUGAGGAAGGCGACUACCAGACAAUCACACAGCUCUGCCGGGAGUCCCAAAUCGCAGGUCUUCUGGGCAAGGAUGACUGUGAGGAGGAGGAGUCACUGCCCACGUACAACCCGGCGACGAUUGUCGAGGAAGAGGAAGGGUCGUAUAUGCCCGAGGAUGAGAAGGAAAGCGCCAUGUUGGAUGACGAUGAUGAUGAGAGUGGAAACUAUAGCCCGAUGGAAGGACCGUAUCCGCACCAUCCCAGUGGUCUUAACCGGGCCGUGAACCGACUGACGCUGGAUUUCGGCGAAGGGUUCGAUUUUGGAUCGAACUCGCCAGAGAGUCCACAGAGCUUCCAAGAGAUCCUGGAUAUUGGAUCUUCAACAGCAGCCCAUAGUGGUGGAUCCUCAAGUUCGUUGUCGUUGAGGGACGAUAGCGAUGGGCAACGUCCAACGUACAUAUAA